GGAGCAAAACGUGAAAGGAACAACGGACGUUUCCUGUUGUCAAAAUGACAAAAAAGCGACAGCGAGUGUUCACUCCAAUGUUCACUGUGCACGUUGUUUACAUGAUUGUGCAGUUCCAUGACGAUAUCAACUUUGUCAAUGUUUCACUAGGACACGCAACGGAAAGAAAACAACAAUCGAGGCAAGAUUUUACGAAUAUUUGACGGCCCAUGACUUUUGUAACAACAAGGUGGCGGAAGGUUGAGCCCGACCUCUUUAAGCGUCGUUUGCCAGUCAAGUUCCGUCACCAAGAUGGUAGCUGCUCUGAACCUUGAACCUUCUCGAUGUGUUGAUGGGGUUUGACUUUGGAGCUCUUGACGACAUUGAUGGUCUUGUUUGGGGUCGCUCCCGCCUUUUCGAAAAAUGCGUCGCCUUUUCUCUCUCUCUCUCGCCUUGAAACUACAAACAUGAUGGAAAAGGAGACGCUGGGUUACAAUAUGGUGGUCAUAAAGCAUGUGGCUUGGAUUUAACCAGCAGACAGAUCAGUCACUCUCAGGGUCCAGACUUCCUUUUAAUUAAAAUUUAAAGGAAGUCUAGAAUUUUAAAUGAAAAGACUGAACCCGUGUAUGGAUCCACUUGUAGCCAUUCGUGCAACAGAAUGCUAGCUGGAGUUGAGAUUAUCAUUAUGUCAGUAUUUUGUGACGUUUCAGUUUGGCGGUGUGUCUGGACUCUUUGUCAUGGAAACGAUGUGCCUUGGCCCCACAAAGGUUGGGAAACACUGCUUGAAGAGGUCGGGGAGCCACCAUGCCUUUCCUCCACGGAUUUCGAAGGAUCGUAUAUGAAUAUCAGCCGUUGGUGGAUGCUGUCAUGGGUGUGGUCGGGCAGGAAGAAGUAGACUGGUGUCACGCGAGCAGAAGUCCGGAAGAUGAGAAAUGUCUGUGCAGUGCUUUGGUGGAGCUGCUGGAGCGAGAGUCCCAGUCUGAAGUGUUCUUGGAAGGCAUCAGCUAUGCUCUGUUUAAGGUGGCUGAGCAAGGACAGGUGCAGGCUGCUCAAGUGCUUCUACGGUACAGAGCAGAUCUUAAUUUUGUGGACCCAGUGUCUUUCUACAAUCCAUUGCAUAUAGCAGUUCUGAGGAACAGACCAAACAUGGUGAAACUGCUCGUCGAGCACAAAGCUGACAUUGAAAAAAGAGACCAGAUCCACGAGAGCAGCCCCUUGGAUCUUGCCUGUGAGGACAUGGACCGUCUGCCCUGCCUGCUGGCGUUGCUUGACCUGGGUGCCAAUGUGAAUGCACAGGAUAAACGAGGAAAAACACCUUUGCUUCAUGCCUUGGCAAGCAGUGAUGGCCUAACUGUGAACAACACUGAGAACAUCCAGCUUCUCCUUCAGAGAGGUGCUGACGUGAAAGCCGUUACUGAAGAUGGCGACACAGUUGAGUCCUCGUUGGUGUUUCUGGUCAAGGAGGCGCUUGACGCCGACCCCGAGGACGCUGCCCAGAUUGGAAGAUUCUGCCUUCAAACCGCACGCUUACUGCUGGCCCACGGCGUGGAUCCAAGUUGGGAUGCGAACGACUGCGAGUCCUCGCUGCCCCGAACGAGCCUGGAGCACUUUGACCUGCUCUUCCCCCUGGCCGUGCUGGUCAUCCAGAGCGGAGCCUCUUUGGCGUGUGCCCACAGCGACUCCUGCUGGCGAGCUUCCGCCAUUAUUUUCCAACGGCUGCAGACGGCCCUACGGCAGUGCUCUGAUCCGAAUUACGCCUCUGAGCUCCUCGAGCGAGCCGAGUUGUUGCUGGACCUAGCGAGGGUCAACCACCCCACAGUCAAGCUGCGUUCCAGGCCUCAACCGCUUACGUUUGGACAAGACCCUCACCCAUAUAGUCAAGCUCUACAAGAUCUAUACAGCCGGGUGGUCAAGCAUGAUGCGUCCCCUCCUGCUCUCAGAUGCCUUUGCAGGGCUUUUAUAAGGAGCCACCUGCGACCCUGGCCACUGGAAGAGAGAAUCGAUGCUUUGCCCUUACCAGACAGACUGAAAGGAUUCCUUCUUCCUGAACGCACAUCCAAGCCAGAACCUGGUUGGGACUGUUUUAAGCCUCAGCAAAGCCCGCUUUGAUCAUCUGAUGCGUACUAUCACCAUUUUGUUUUCGUACUUCCUGUCAAUUAUGUACAAUAAUGUAAAGCAGCUGUACGUUCCAUCAACUACAGCAGAAGACCUGCAAACUAUCGAGGCGUGUGGCUUAGAUUCAAUCGUGGUGUAUUUGUGCCUUCAGUUUUUCAAUUGAGUCAAAUUGAUUGUAGUGAUUUGCGAUGUGAUCAAAGAUGUGAGGCUGUUAGGGUGCUGCAAUUCAAUAUGAAUGUCACCAGGUGGCAGUAUUUCUCUAUUGGGUAUUUACGCUGCAGCCUGCUGAAGUUGUUGUAUUGACCUAUCUCCGCAGUGAUUGUGUUGUGAAAUUAGUUUUCUUCCCACUGAAAAUGAAGCUGGACUAAUAAAAAGUCGCACACACGCUCA